AUGCCUGGCCGCGUCCGAAAACGCUCUCCCCUCAAGGUUCCGGAUAGGCCUUACAUUGCUCUCGGUCUUGAGGGAUCCGCGAAUAAACUCGGUGCAGGAAUCAUUCGACAUGGUCCAGACGGCUCCACCACUGUCCUCUCGAAUGUCAGACAUACCUACAUAACGCCCCCGGGCGAGGGAUUUCUACCACGAGACACUGCUAUACAUCAUCGGGAAUGGGCUCUUGCAGUGAUCAACGAUGCUCUCAACAAGGCAGAGAUAUCGUUUCAUGAUAUCGACUGCAUCUGCUACACGAAAGGACCGGGUAUGGGCGCACCAUUAGUAUCUGUCGCUCUAGUUGCCCGGACGCUGUCCCUCUUAUACGACAAGCCACUCGUGGGUGUGAACCACUGCGUGGGUCACAUCGAGAUGGGCCGUCAAAUUACGGGGGCGCGCAACCCCAUCGUGCUGUAUGUAUCAGGUGGCAACACGCAGGUCAUCGCAUACUCUCAGCAGUGCUACCGGAUAUUUGGCGAGACGCUCGAUAUCGCCGUCGGAAACUGCCUCGACCGCUUCGCGAGAGUUAUUGAUCUGAGCAACGAUCCAAGCCCAGGAUACAAUAUCGAGCAGGAGGCGAAGAAAGGGAAGCGGCUCCUCUCCCUUCCGUACACGACCAAGGGCAUGGAUAUCAGCUUGUCUGGGAUUUUGACGUCCGUUGAAAGCUACACGCGGGACAAGCGGUACAGGCAGAACGGCCCCCUCAGCGAGGGAGAAGUCGACAUCAUCACACCGCAGGAUUUGUGCUUCUCGCUGCAGGAGGUAGUGUACGCGAUGCUCGUAGAGAUCACGGAACGUGCGAUGGCGCAUAUUGGGAGCAAGGAGGUACUGAUCGUAGGGGGCGUUGGUUGUAACGAACAUCUACAAGGAAUGAUGGGAACAAUGGCUAAGGAACGCGGAGGACAGGUUUUCGCGACUGAUGAACGGUUUUGUAUCGAUAAUGGCAUCAUGAUUGCUCAGGCGGGCCUGUUGAGUUAUCGCAUGGGCUUCCAGACCCCACUGACGAAGAGUACUUGUACACAACGAUUCAGAACGGAUGAAGUACAUGUCGCGUGGAGAGCAUAG